UCUUCUCUUUUCUGCCGGAAUGGAUCUCCGUCGGAGACCUCCCAAGCCCUCUCACCGGAAUCACCAUCUUCUAAAACAACCUCAAAAACCUUCUUCCGCCGCCAUUCGUCGAUCUCCUUCCCCUGCCCCUAAAGCUUCCGAUGCUCUUCCUCUCCCUCUCUACCUAACCAACGCCAUUUUCUUCACUCUCUUCUUCUCCGUUGCUUAUUACCUUCUCUAUCGCUGGCGUGAUAAGAUCCGCAGCUCCACCCCUCUCCACGUCGUCACUCUCUCCGAACUCGCUGCCAUUCUCUCUCUCAUUGCCUCUUUCAUUUACCUCCUCGGUUUUUUUGGCAUUGAUUUCGUACAGUCAUUUAUUGCACGUGCAUCUCACGACGCCUGGGAUAUUGAAGACGAAGACGAAACUCGCUUCCUUCUUAACCAAGAUCACCGCCCUGCUCCUUGUCUCAAUUCAUCCAUUUCCACUUCUGUAUCUAGAUUCAUGGAUCCUCCCGCACCUCUUCCCUCUCAAGACGAUGAAGACCUUGUCAAAUCUGUUGUUUCUGGUGAUAUUCCUUCUUAUUCCCUCGAAUCUCGGCUCGGGGAUUGUCACCGAGCUGCUUCCAUUCGGCGCGAAGCGGUUCAGAGGCUAACGGGUAGGUCUCUAGCUGGUUUGCCUCUUGAUGGUUUUGAUUACGAGUCCAUUUUAGGCCAGUGCUGUGAGAUGCCCAUAGGGUACGUUCAAAUUCCAGUCGGGAUAGCUGGACCUUUGUUGCUUAACGGAUGUGAAUAUUCCGUCCCCAUGGCAACUACAGAAGGGUGUUUAGUUGCCAGUACUAACAGAGGUUGUAAAGCUAUCUAUGCCUCUGGCGGAGCUACUAGCGUUCUUUUCAGGGACGGCAUGACCAGGGCCCCCGUUGUGAAGUUCCCGACGGCCAGCAGGGCGUCGGAAUUACUCUUCUUCUUGGAGGAACCUGCUAAUUUUGAUACCUUAGCCGUGGUUUUCAACAAAUCGAGCAGAUUUGCCAGGCUCCAGAAGAUCCAGUGCUCACUUGCAGGGAGAAAUCUUUACAUCAGGUUCAGCUGUGGCACAGGGGAUGCCAUGGGAAUGAACAUGGUAUCAAAGGGUGUUCAGAACGUUCUCGAGUUUCUUCAGGAUGAGUUCCCAGACAUGGAAGUAGGUGGUAUAUCAGGGAAUUUCUGUUCUGAUAAGAAGCCUGCUGCUGUGAACUGGAUUCAAGGGCGUGGAAAGUCAGUUGUAUGUGAAGCAAUGAUUUCUGGUGAAGUAGUAGAGAAAGUAUUGAAAACUUCUGUAUCUGCUCUUGUAGAGCUGAACAUGAUCAAGAAUCUUACCGGCUCUGCUAUUGCUGGAGCUCUCGGUGGGUUUAAUGCCCAUGCUGCCAAUAUCGUCUCUGCCAUUUUCAUAGCCACUGGGCAGGAUCCCGCACAAAAUAUAGAGAGUUCUCAUUGCAUUACCAUGAUGGAGGCUAUCAAUGAUGGGAAGGAUCUUCACAUAUCCGUCACCAUGCCGUGCAUUGAGGUUGGUACUGUUGGUGGUGGGACUCAACUUGCUUCUCAAUCGGCAUGCCUGAAUCUGCUCGGUGUUAAGGGUGCAUGCAGAGAAUCCCCUGCAUCCAACUCAAGGCUCCUGGCAGCCAUAGUGGCCGGUUCUGUAUUGGCUGGGGAGCUGUCACUGAUGUCUGCCAUUGCAUCUGGCCAACUUGUUAAAAGCCACAUGAAAUAUAACAGAUCAAUCAGGGAUAUGAGCACAGUUACCUCAUAAAAUCUUGAAACUAUUAGCAAGUUCCUUGCAAGUCAAUUUGAAAUAUGUGCUAGGAGACAAGAAGUUAAAGUUGAAACUGAGGUAGGGAGGGGAUGGAGCAAGCAGUGCACAUCUGCUUCGCUGUAACUUUUUGCAAGCCAUGUGAGGUCAGGGUAGACAAAGCUAACAUGGUUUGACUCUACUUCAACGUCCCCGCUAAAGCAUUAUUCAAGUUGCAUUUUGUUACCCCAAUCUUGCUUGUCACCCCUUUGGUCUGUAUUUAGUCUAAAUUUCCAGCAUUGGUGUAUUGUUGUUUUUGGGAUGUUCUGAAGUUUUGGUAUUUGUUAUUAUUUCAUUGUACAGUUUUGUUAUGUGUAAGUACCAAGUGAAGGAUUUUGUCAGUUUCAUUCAAUACAUUAGACUUAAAGUA